AUGGGAGGUACGGUUUCUGUCGCGCAGCAGCAUCAAGGAGUUCUGCAAAACGAUCUUUCACCAUCAACUUCAUCGUCAUCUAGUUCGGAAGCUGACUCAGAUGUUGAUAUGGAUGCUACUCAGGACGAGUCGUCAAGUUAUUCUAUAUCAUCUGAAUCUGGAGAGUCCUUUGCGGAGUCCUUUGCAGAGCAACAAAGCACAAAACUAAUGAUACGAAGCUCUGCAUUGACGGAGUCGAUGACCAGCAAAGCUGAACGCCAGUCUCAGUUUAUGGAAAUCUCCUCUAUGGAGGAAAUGAAUCUUAUAGGUCCUCAAUUGUCACCACCUCCUUCGUCCUUCUCUUCGCCGUUCCCUUCGCCAAUUAUAAAACCUGAUUUGGAUUUCGAUACCAAUCUUGCUAAGGACGAGCCCCUGAUUUUAUCGGCUACAUCUGAAUAUACAAAGCCAUCAGCGACCUUGACAAAUUUUCCACCGCUCCCUGGACAUACGAAAGAAAUCAAAAAAGCUACCAACGAUUUUAUGCCAAAUAGUCCCUCAGAUCUUUGCAAACCAAGUUACCGUGCGUAUAAAAGUAUGUGCGAAGUCUUCGAAGAAAAGGCUCAAAUGAUGCUCAUAGCUGGUAAUGUCAGAGGUUUUAUCUGUUGCCUUGACUCCUCUCUCGAAACAUUCCCAUUAUUACGUGCGCCGAUAAUGAAGGCUCUAGAAAAUCUGGGAAAAGCUUUUGAUGAGUCGAAAAAAUCUGAGCGAGCUCUAUUACCUUUGGCACCCCUGGCUUCCGAAUACAUCAAAAACCAAUCCAUCUCCCGAGGAGGAACCUCAUCCCUUCACACCUACGAAAACUGGCACAUCCACCAAUCCUCCGACUGCAAAAUCAAGCACGAAGAGGAAAUUUACCCCUACGGAUUCAAUCCCAAGUUAAUAACCAUUUUCAAAAAAUGCAGCAAGCGACGUCUUCGCAGCGAGAGGCAUGAAAAAUAUAAAGUUUGGAGGGAACGGGCUGGAAAGGACGCGACGCAUGUGCAUAGAAAUCCGAUUUUAUCUGAAGAUUUUAUAAAGGAGUGUGGUGGUAAGGGGUAUAGGGAGUUGGAGGGGAGGAUUGACAUGUGUGAUAUGAGGAAUGCGGCGUAUUGGGAGAUUACGAGUAGGUGGGUUGGGGAUGUUUAUUCGAGGAAGAGGGUGAAUUUUGGUUUGGAAAAGGAAAAGAAAUUGGAUUCUUCGCCUUUGAGGAGGGAGUUAAGGAAAUUUCAGGGUUGUUGGGUUUCGGAGGAGGUUAUGCCGUACGGGAAGGUGGGGAAUGGAAAUGGGAAGGAGAGUGGGGAAAUGGGGGGAGAAUUGCAGGGUGUUGGGGUAAGGAAACGAAGAUUGGAUAGAGAUGGUGAUAGAGAUGGUGAGAUUGAUAUUGAUAUUGAUGGGCAGGAAGUAGAAGAUGAACAAAAAACAUACUUAGCGCGAAUGAAAGCGAGGAGACUGGAAAUAUGUAAUAAGGAAGGAGAAAGUGGAAUGAGGUCUUUACCCAUGCAGAUGCAGGGGAUAAGAGAUAGGGAGAAUGAGAAGAAACAGGACAAGGAAAGGGAAAGUAGAAGGAAAGAAAGAAGAGAGAGGAGGGAUAGGGAGAAGGAUCGAGAGAGGUGGGUUAAUAGAGAGAGGUCGCACUGUGGUGUUACGCAGGCUUGGAUUGAUUUGGGGGUUGAGAUGGGGAGGGUGGGGAGGUGGGAGUGA